UCAUCUGUGCUCAGUUCUCUCACAAACACCAUCUCUGUUUGUCUCUCAGGAUUCUCUUGCGUUUGCUAUCUUUCUGUGUGGCUAAGCAUUUUAGGAUCAGAUCUGAGUUUAAUUGUGCUAGCCAUUUCUCUCUGAUUCUCUAAGCAUAAUGGCUGAACUCGCCCUCAACUUCGUCAGCCCAAUCAUAGAGAUUGCAGUUCCUAAAGCAAUUUCAUUUUCUGCUGCACAAAUCAGCACGGCAUGGGGUCUGGAGAAGGAGCUGGGGGAGCUUGCUCAAAAACUGACUAUGAUCCAAGGAUUGCUUCAAGAUGCUGAAAAGAGGCAAGAAAGCGAUCCAGCUACAAGGAAUUGGUUACAGCACCUCACAGAUGUAGCUGAUGAUGCGGUGGAUGUACUGGAUGAGUACGAGUAUGAGGUUCUUAAGCACAAAGUUCAGACUCAAGGCCGAAAGUGGAAACAGGUGCGCACCUUUUUUGGUGUUUUCAAUUGCACUGCCUUUCGUCUUAGCAUGGCUGAUAAGAUUAGGAAGAUUAAUGAGACUCUGGAUAAAAUCAACAACCAAGGGGCAAUCUAAUUUUCCUGAUCUGAAACCCAAAAAAUAUCAUGAUGACUGGAGGGAAUUUUCACACUAGGGACUCAACCAGAUGAGUAGUCCUCUCUUUGAGUUGUUGAGGCUCAUAAACAGAUUUAGCUAUUCUACAGCCAUGUAAUUUUCAAAUUAUGACCACAUUUUGAGGUGCAAGUAUACUGGUAUAUAGACAUUUGUCUUGCUAAUCAAUGUCUUGAGCUGUCUUGGAUUGCCAGUUUAAGUGGACUGCCCUACAAAGGUGGGUUGUGAAACUAAAAAUCAUCUUUUAAUUAAGAUUUGAUUUUAUUUUGGUAGGAUUUUACUUCACUUUAGUGAUUAUGAUUCACCAAUAAAAGUUACAUAUAAGUUUAGCAAAAAGGAUAUUCUUCUUUCCUUGGUUAAGGAAUGAUCUGUAAAAAUCUAUAUUGACACAUUUGCAAUCAUGGUUGUUGAAAUUUCUUCAGGGUUACCGUGCCAAAUGCCUGAUCUGCUGUGCAAACUGAACUGUUAUUUCUUCAGUGGCUCUCUCUUGUUAGAACCUACACCAGAGUCUUCUCUAGGUUAGAGAUUAUGGUGUUUCUGCGACUUGCUACUUUGCAAACUGUUAAUGAUGAAAUCUGGAGUCUGGACUCCUUAUGACUUUGUGAACUACAACAUUUUGAGAACAUGCUUUUCCCAUUGACAAGAGCACUGCAGCUACACUAGCAUAAAUCAUGGUUGCAGUCCUUUCAAUUUUUCUUGAAAUGUAUAGAUCCUGGGGCCAUAGAUUAUGUGUACACACAUUUUGCAGUAGUGAGGAAAGCAUUGAAUUUUGCUUGGAAUUAACCAACAGAUCAACUCUUCCACCAAUUCUUAGGCUUUUGUGGUUUUAUGGUAGAAUAUCUCAUUCAAUUGCCAACAAACAAGGAAGAUGGUACGGCUUUUCAAAUGUUUUUCUUUGAAUCUAAAACAUAUUAUACCUUGUUUGAAUAAAUUCUCUAUACAACUUUGAGUUUGAUGAUGUAAUAAUGGACAUGCAAUCAACAACUGGAGUGAAGAGAAGAAAUUGACAAAGAGAUCCCUGUGCAAGUGAUUGCUUGUAAAACGGUCUCAAUAGCUUCAAUGUGGUUAUGAUAGAAUUAUAACUUUGGAUUUAUCAAACAACGGCUUAAUCAAAGAAGUGCAAAACCUCUGUCUCAGCUAGUCUUAUUGAAGAAAAUGUGAGUGCCGAG